AUGAAGGAGGGAAUGCAAUAUUGGUUUCAGGGACUUGGUUGUGAGGACUUGUUCGGUGCUAUUGAGGUGCCUCUUAGUGAAGUGAGGAAAAAGCAUAUUGAUAUUCAUGAUAUCUUAAGAGCAAUUAGUCUUGAGGAGAAGAGGAAGACUAUGGUGAAUAUUGGAACUUCUUCCUCUACCCCCACUCCCGCUUUGCCCUCUUCUCCCACCCCGAACUACAUAAGAUUUAACUCAUAUGCUCAAGGUGGGUCAUCUUGUAGAUGCUACGAUUACUUUGACAAUGAGGGAACUAACUUCGCCUCCGACUUCUGA